AUGGAAGAUCAGAUAUUUGGGGGGCCCCCGGGGGGCCCCCAGGGGUUCUUGGGGCAGCAGCAGCAGCAGCAGCAGCAGCAGCAGCAGCAUAAGCAGAUUACAGAAGCGACGCAAACAACACAUGCGGUGCUCGCAAGAGAAGAGCUGGCAGCAAAUAGGGAAGCAAAGAAGCAGCAGAGGAUGAAGGAAAAGCUUCUGGAGGUUGAAAGACGGAGGGCGCAAGAAGUGAAACAGCAGCAAGACAAACUCGCGCUGCCGGAGGAGUUGAAGCAAGAGCUAGAUCGAUGGGCCAAAACAACUGACGGCAGUUUCAAGGACGUGCGAACGCUCCUCAGCACUCUGCACGAAGUUCUCUGGGAAGAAGCCGCGUGGGAACCCGCCUCCCUCAGCAGCCUCAUGUUGGCCCCGACGCUGAAGUUGAAAUUCCGGCAAGCUUUGCUGUUAUCUCACCCCGACAAACACCAGGGGGCUUCUCCCUCUCGACAGAACCCCCUGGCUCAGCAGCAGCAGCAUCAGCAGCAGCAGCAGCAUCAGCAGCAUCAGCAGCAGCAGCAGCAGCAGCAUCGCCACUACCACAUCAGCAGCAGCAGCGGCAGCAGCAGUAGCAGCCUAGCCAUCGUACAGCAGCAACAGCAGCAGCAUCGCCACCAUCAACAGCAGCAGCAGCAGCAGCAGCGUCGCCAUCACCAACAGCAGCAGCAGCAGCAGCAGCAGCAGCGUCGCCAUCACCAACAGCAGCAGCAGCAGCAGCAGCGUCGCCAUCACCAACAACAGCAGCAGCAGCAGCGUCACCAGCAGCAGCAGCAGCAGCGUCGCCAUCACCACCACCGCCACCCCCCCUCCACCAGCAGCAGCAGCAGCAGCAGCAGCAGCAGCAGCAGCAGCAGCAGGAUGCAGCGGGCCGCGAAGGACUCAUAA